UCUGCUGUCCUGGCUCCUGAGUGGUGGUAUUAGCUAUCUGAUGACAUCAGGACAGCAGCGAGCCUUUAAAACAAAGACAUACCUCUUUAGACUUUAGACUAUUAGCCUUUGGUGAUACUGAGGGACUGGAUAGCUAUCAUUCUUACUUUCCCAUGCUGUGUUGUUGCAUGGAUGGCAUUUCCUCUUUCCACAGCAUUGUUGGCUCCGUACCUUUGUCCUCAGUGCUCUCCACACCUACAGAAGCUCCAUUUUCGGCGCUCAUCUGUGGCUUUAACUGGAGGAUUGCAUUUAUGACACCAAUAGUCAAGGUAUAAGGAAACUGGUUUAAACCACAAACAUUUUAUUUAUUAAUAUUAACAAACAUACACAAAGAAAUCAAUUGACAGACUUAUUUGGCCCCAAUAAAAGAUGUCAACUAACUCAGGGAAACAAUAUUCUGGCUGACUAAACAAACCAAAGCAUACAGGAAGGGAAAACCCAAGAUAAGAGCCACAAGAUAACACAAACCCUCCCUAAUUCCCUUGUGCUGUAUGAACUCUUGAUAGGGCCCUUGGCUCAAGCCUCUUGCAUAAAAGCAGACACCACCUUCAAUUCCAUCUCUUUUCCAACCAGGAAAGGAACUCAGCUACCAGGAACCCUUCCUCAACUCAGAACUCAGAACUGAAGAUGGAAACACAUUUGAUUUUAGGGAUUCUGCUGUCUCUCUGCAACCUCUCCCUUGGUCAAGAAUGUAGACCACAGCUUCUGGAGGAUGUAGAUUUUCCUGGAUCAGACAUCCAAUUUGUCUUCUCUCCCGAUGUUGAUCACUGUCAGCAACUUUGCACCCAGCACCCAGCCUGUCUCUUCUUUUCCUUUCUUCGUGCUGACUGGACCCGAGACAACAGUAACUUCUACUGCUACCUCAAGACCAGUUCCUCUGGAGAACCCAAUGUGCAGACUUCGGAGCAGGGGAUCACCUCUGGAUUUUCUCUCAAACCCUGCAGCCCAGAUCCAAAGCCUUGUCUGCCUCAGCUGUACCCGGGCCUGGACUUCCCAGGUGCUGACUACAAAACCUUCUUCACAGAAGAUGCUGACGAGUGUCGCAGGGCCUGCACGCAGGACCCUGCCUGUCAGUUUUUCUCUUUUCUAAAUGAAGUCUUCACACCAGACAAUUACAGGUACAAGUGCUACCUUAAAUUCAGCUGGUCAGUGCCAACACUUCCAAUUGUUGAAAGAAAAGCUGAUGUAGUGUCUGGAUUCUCCAACAAAGUAGGAACAUUUCAAGAGGGCAAACCAGUAUGUCAGGGAAAGCUUUUUCCAAACACCGACAUCCCAGGAAAUGACGUUUUGGUUCUUCUUGCUGCCUCCCCUGGACACUGUCAGAAUCUGUGCUCUGCUCACACAGUCUGCACCUUCUUCUCUUUUGUCAGUAAUGACUUAAAAUGUCACCUGAAGGUAAACAACGAUGCAAUGAUUCUCAAAGCAAAAGAUGGAAUCACAUCUGGACUACCAGCACGCUUCUGUUGGCCAGACAACAACCGACGCAUCGGACAGGGGGUUGGGGGCCGUUUUGUCCCAGGAGGUCGAGGGGGUCGACCGCCCCGUGGUCUACAUCAGCCGGAAACUAUCGGAGAAGGAGGCCAGUACGGUGGAGAAGGAGUGCCUGGCCAUCCGGUGGGCGGUGGGCUCCCUGCGCUACUACCUCCUGGGACGCCCAUUCACCCUCUGUUCGGACCACGCCCCGCUCCAAUGGCUCCACCACAUGAAGGAUACUAACGCCCGGAUCACUCGGUGGUAUCUGGCUCUACAGCCUUUUAACUUCCAGGUGG